UUCGCUUUUGAUCGCCUUGAUGACCACAGUCUGAGUCUCGUCGGGCGGCGGUAGAAAAAGGAAGUUAUUGCGGAAACCAGAGAAAACGCAGGUUGUUUGUCGACAACGUGAGGUAUUUAAGUACAAGGUAAACCUUUUACAUUGCAGUCUGUGAGAUAACAAAGCGCGAGGGAGGCAGAAAUGCAAAUAUUUCACUUUCCAGAAGUACCGACUUGAUUAAGUUGAUAGGUCGCGCGCGCUUCCUGGUCUGUUGGACGAGAGUGAAAGAUAGAUAGAAAACUAAAGUCAACAUGUCAUUCACACAGAGCAAACAACGCUGCGAACCGACAGACAUGGACCAUGCACGGCCGCAGGACACACAGCAGAGCAAGGGCUCCACGUUGCGGCACAGGGAACACAGUGAUGAGUCUGUCGACAAGAGGCCCACUGACAGCUCAGCGUCUCCCAGUCCGGAUGAGAAGAGGCUGAUCAGAAGAGUGCGAAGUCCAUCCAGGCCGAGGGCAUGGCUGUCCAAUUCUUACAAACCGAAGUUUGGAGGGCGAGUCUACAGACCGCGUUUUUCAAGGGAUGACCACUCAUUCUACAAACCUGGCUUCAGCAGCCAGAGGUACCACCACUUCAGCCCACAGGGUUACUCCCACCGGCGAGAUCAUUUUCCUCCAAAGCUUCACCACGUCCCGCAGAGGGAGAGGGACCACGAGAAGGAGGAGCGGUACGAGCAGAGAGAGAGCGCUGAUGGGAGCUCACCUCCAAAGCAAAACACCUCUACUAGAACUUUCCUACCAAGGUCCACUUCCAGCAGAGACAAGGACAUGCAGUUCACUGUUUGUCAGAACGACAAGAACCAAAGCAGGGAGAGAGAUCACAGGGGGACCAAAAGCAAAGAAAGGGAACGAAGCAGAGACGGGGAGCUUCCUUCAACUGCGAGCCAGACGGUGACACGAGAGAGAGCCAUCCAACAGAAGAGGAGAGAGAUAGACGAGAUGUACUAUCAGGAAUGUGAAAUGUUUGGCCUUGUGGCAAAGAUGCUGAUCGCAAAGGAUCAGUCCCUGGAGGGUCCCAUCCAGUCCUCUCUGCAGGAGAACCUCAGGGACAUCGGCAAGCGCUGUGUGGAUGCCAUGGAGAAAUUUAUAGAGGACUAUGACUCCAGGGAGCUGUCUCACUAAUCAGACACACACGCAUCAUGCCGAGCAUAAAUCCCACUGGUUAAUGUUUUGAGAAUGUGAUUUCAGGUAACUAAAGGCUGCUUUUGUAUAUUAUUUUUAUGUUUCAUAGUAGAUGUAAAAAGCUUGUACAUUCCUGCGUGCAGCCUGGACAAAGUCGCCCUCUGUGGCCAGCCUUAUGAUGAGCACUGAGCAACGCAGGUGAUCUGGGCAUUUGGUAAUGCUUCUAAUUUUGAGAAUGGUGAUGAUGAUCCAAAAAUACACUGGUUGUAUUAUUUAAAGUGUCCUAAUGAAGAAGUCAAAAAUACAUUUUGACAUCUGUGUAAAGUGCUGAAUGUUUUAUGCACUUGCUUUUCAAUAAAUAUAUUUUGUAUUCAGAUUAAACAUCUUGCAGUUAAAAGUUGUUUCAGUGACUCAUUCAAGGCUAGAUGGGCAAGACAAAAUCCAGUUGUAGCAGGAACAACCUUAAUGGGUCAGUAGGGGACCGGGCUGCAUGUUGUUUAAGUUUAGGGUUUAAGUGCUAAGUUAAGUUAAGACUUAAGUGCAGGUUCCUUCUCAUGUUUGAUCCAAAGCCUGACUGAUGCAUGAGCAUGGCCGAUAUUGGCUUAUCGCACUAGAAAUAUCAAUAUCAGCGUAAAUGUCAUCUGAAAAAUAGCAAGAAAUUGCAGCACCGAAAUACCAAAGAUGUCUUUGAGGUUAUUCAGGAACACACCAGAGUGAAGGGAAGUUUAUUUUUCAACGGUAAAAUAUCCUGCUCUGUACGUAUCUUAAUCACAAUUCAGUUUACUCAUCAAGAGGAUUCCAACUCAGCCUUGAAAACAGACUUUUUGCUAUAUUUAACACAACCCUCCCCUCUUUAGCUCUGUUUGAGAUACUGUCCUCAUCUGCAGGAAUAAUAUUCUAUCCACAUUGGAGGCAGUUAACACCACAAAUAUUUGAAAAGUCUGUUCUUUACUAAAUAGGCUGCUAAUUGUUAUUUUUGGGUCUCAACAGCCAUGCCUUUGAAUUGGACAGAGAGCAAGUUUAUACAUACUGUACAUGACUAUUUUCAUUGUUGUUUAUUGUUGUUUUUGCUAAGAUACAGUAGCAUUCUACUUUGUGUUCUUCCUUCCAGUAGGGUUCAAACUCUCAACACCUUUUGUCCAUUACAAACAUUUUGUACAGAUUCAAAUUAUCCAAUGUUACAAAUGUAUUUUCCUGCAUUUUGAAUAUACAUGAAUUUUAUCUUGAUA